UUCCGUCCCGUGCCCUCGAUCGUAGACAUCGACGUCUCGCCCAAUUCCGCUCCGACCGCAUCGGAUCGCAGACGCCGGCAGCCGACCCUACCCCGCCGCCGGAUAGGGGCUGCAAUUGCCGGAAUAACCGGGGAUCCCCAAGGAUUGGAUCGCGGGCUCGGCCGCGAAUUAGGGUUCUUCUUUGCCCCUUUGACGCCUUUCUUGGCCCGGUUUGGAUUCUUAAGCUUCCGAUUCGCUUCGAUUCGAGUUUUUCCUGCUUAUCUCGUGUUUGUGCGCUGGGGCCUGAGCUUCCGAAUCGAUCAAUCAGCUUGUCGACUUCGUCUCUUUGCUUCGAAAUCCUUGCCCAAGUUGCUGGGUUGAUUACUGUCUCUCGUUAGGGUUCGUUUUGGUCGCUGAGACUUCUGUAGUCAUCCUCGGUUAGUUUGUAGCUCUGGUCAAGUUAUUUGGUCUCCCUUUUUCUCUGUAUCGAGUUGCGGGUGUGGGGUUUCAGUUCAGUUUUCUUUAUGGUGGAGUUUUCCUGUCAUAAAGAGUCAGGUAAAUCUACUCAUCCUUCCGUGUUACCUCCAUUUGUUGGCAUCCCCUAACUUAAUCCAUGCUAGUGCAAUUCUGUGUCGCUUGCCACUUAUUUUCUUGCACGAGAAGCAUCGAUCAGGGUUCUCCUUUUGAAAAGGAGAAAAAUAAAUAAACCUCUAAACCUGUGAAAUGCCAAACAUUUACCGACUUCAGAUUGGGGGUUGUAAAUAAGUCAUAAUAGUAGGCACCUGAGGUUAUAGAAUUUGUAUGCAUUGUAUGAUUAUAGGGAUUUUAGGGAUGGGCAAGAAGAACAGGAUGUGCAUUAAUAGGGACAAGAUGCGGGUGUGAGCUUUCACGAUUGGUUAAGGAUGAAAAUGGCAGGAAGUAUGAGAGCAGAGUCGGCUGCCAGUAGUCUGGAUGGACCAAAAUUUUCUGCUGCCUAUCACAAUGGGCAGCGUGGGGCCUUCUCAGGCUCUGGUUUGGAGAGGUCCGGAAGCUUCCGUGAGAGUUCAGAGAACCGAAUUAUGGUUACUGGUCCUGGUACAUCAAGAAACACAACCUUAUCGUCAGAAUUGCCUUCUUUGUCACAGUAUCUGUCACUUGAGCCAUUUUCAAUGGGUGAGCAAAAGUAUUCUCGCACUGGAGAGUUAAGAAGGGUUCUUGGUGUUACAGUCGAAGAGCACCCAUUUGGAUCUGUGCAGUCUAAGGCACUCCCUCCCAUCGCAUCAGAGGACCUUAAAUGUUUCAAAGCCAGCAUAUCCGAGUCAUCCUCCAGAGCAAGGGAUAGAACAAAGCUGUUGCACGAAUCAAUUCUGAAAUUGGAUAAAUAUCGCAACUUGAUCUCGAGGAAACGACAAAGAAUUGAUCAAUCAAACGAGAAGUCAGGUACCUCAAAUCCGUUGAAGAUGGUAAGUCAGACUCAUCAAAACCCUGCAGAGCUCACAAGUCCGAGACUGGAGGACAGAUCAAAGAAUGUCGUUCCUAAUAAGCGUAUUCGCUCCUCUAUGGCGGAAGUACGGUCAGAAGGUCGUGGUACUUUUCCGCUGCGACAGGGUGCAGUUAUGGACAAGGAUAGAAAUGUGCUUUUUGACAAAGAUAAAGGUAUGCUUAGGAGUUGUAAUGGGGGAUCGAUACCUUCAGAAGACAAGAUGUGUGGACUCCCUCCAGGGGCUGAUGGGUGGGAGAAAAAACUGAAAAGAAAACGUUCUGUUGGCCUUAACAGAGGAACUGAAGGUGAUAGAGAGAUUAAACAGUCAAUUCAACAGCGGUCCAAUAAUGAAUCCCGUCUACGUUCUUCUGAUGGCAUUGGAUUCAGACCUGGAUUAUCUAGUGGAACCACAGUAAGCAACAAGAUGGAUAGCAGUCCCCAACUUAGUGGUGCUAACUCUCGUAGCACACCCAAGAAUGACUUGGAUAGUGGGUCUAAUACUAAUGAAAGACGAGAACACUCUGGUGGACUGGAUAAUGAGCGAAUUGUACCUAAAGGAAGCAAUAAGUUAAGUACACGUGAAGAUGUUCAAGCUGGAAAUCAAAGUCCUCUUAUAAAGGGAAAAGCAUCUAGGGCAUCUAGAAUUGGCUCAGGUGCUGCCAUGAAUGCAUCUUCAAAUUUUCUUCGCUCAUCUGGCAACACCGAUGGAUGGGAUCAGGCCCCUUGCAUAAACAAAGUUCAGCCUUUAACUUCAUCCAAUCGUAAACGUCCAAUAUCUAAUGAAUCAUCGUCACCCUCUGUAACUCAGUGGGUGGGACAGCGGCCACAAAAGAUCUCUAGGACCAGAAGGGUGAAUGUAGUUUCUCCUGUCUCGAAUUUGGACGAAUCUCAGUUUUUGCAGGAAGGAUUUAUUACUCCUGAUGUUGGAACCAGAUUGGCAACUAUGGAUACCAGUGGGCUUUUAGUUUCCAGGGGAAUGCCCAGUAACACUCAUCAAACAAAACUGAAACUCGACAUUGUCCUCUCUCCUGCUGUAUUAUCAGAAAGUGAGGAGUCAGCAGCUGUUGAAAACAAGUUUAAAGACAAAGGAGUUGAUAAUUUUGAGGUAGAGAAUGCUGCCCAAACAACACUGAAGGCAACAACUUUUUUAUUGUCAACGAAGAAGAACAAGACUCCUCCAAAAGAGGAAAUUGGAGAUGGAGUUCGGAGGCAAGGCAGGAGUGGAAGAGGCUCAGUACAGGCAAAAACUCGGUUACCUGUACCGAAGGAAAAAAUGGAAAAUAUAGAUCCUACUAAGCCACUCAAAAAUGGAAAGCUUGGUUCCGAAAGGAGUGAAAGCAGGAUAGGUCGUCCUCCUUCGAAGAAGAUGUCUGACCGGAAGGCUUGUGCUCGUCCACAAGUUUUGAGCAGUGGUUCCUUGGAAUUGACAGGUGAAUCAGAUGAUGAUCGGGAAGAAUUACUAGCCGCUGCAAAUGCUGCUCGUAAUGCUAGCUAUCACGCUUGUUCCAGCACUUUUUGGAAGAAAAUGGAACCUAUUUUCGCCUUUGUGACAUUGGAGGAAAUAUCUUAUGUAAAACAUCAGAUUCAUUUUGCUGAGGAGCUAGAUGCAAGUUUGCCUAAUUGGUUUGAAGCUAGUCAUGAUGUAAUGAGUGAGGUUGUUGCUGAUGUGGUGCCUUCGCCUUACUCUUCUUUUGCUAGAGAGCAAACCAAUGCAGUUGGACCGACCAACAAAUCUUUUGGGACCCCCUGUUCAAUUGAUGGGACACAACAUGUCAAAACAUCUGUUGGAAGAUUAGACACCAAGAGAUGGUAUGACAAAAUGGUACCACUGUCACAAAGGCUUCUCUCUGCCUUUAUUGUAGAAGAUGAAACUGAAAAUCUUGACAAUGACACUCAAGGAGAGACAUUCUUACAGUUCUCAAGUGAUUAUGUUCAUUAUGAUACUAAAGAUCAUGUCAUUGAUCAGGCUGAAGAUUUGAACAUGGAUUAUGACUUGGAGUCUGAGUACAGGAAUCAUAAAAAUAGUUUGGGAGAUGGAUUUAUGCCCUCCAACAACUUUAGGCAUUUCAGUGACGAACCAUUGGCAGAAAAUAGUGCUAUUCUAAAUGCAGAUAAUGGUUCUUUUUCUCGUUACCAGCAAAAUAGUCGUAAUCAGAUGCAUAUAAUGUACAGCACUUCACCCUAUGAAUGUCAGUUCGAGGACAUGCCUCUUGAUGAAAGGAUUUUGAUGGAGCUGCACAGUAUAGGCCUAUUUCCAGAAACAGUGCCUGAUCUUGCCGAGGGUGAAGAUGGAGAAAUUGACAAAGUCAUUUCAGAACUCAAGAUGAGGCUGUACCAGCAGGUGAGGCAAAAGAAAAAUCAGUUAGUAAAAUUAGAGAAAGCAAUUCAGGAUGCAAAAGAAACUGAAGAGAGUGACAGGAAACUAGAGCAGUUUGCGGUAAACAAACUUAUUGAGAUGGCAUACAAAAAGUUGAUGGGUGGACGGGGUAGUUCAAGUCAUAAGAGUGGUGCCACUAAGGUUUCAAAACAACUCGCGUUGGCCUUUGGUAAGCGAACACUAUCCAGAUGUCGGAGAUUUGAAGAAACAGGUCGAAGCUGCUUCAGUGAACCAGCUUUGCGCGAUGUGAUCUUGUCAGUGCCGCUACAGAACAUCGACACUAAACAUUCAGAUGGAUCCAGCGCUAUUUAUCAUGUGGAAUCACGAAGUGGUCAACUUGGUGUUCGGGCAUCAGGUGUAACAUCUAUCAUGUCAGCGAGACAUGGGCUUGGGAAUAAGAUUGAUCGAGGUCCAUUAGAUCCAUAUCAAGGUUUUCCUCAGAUGGGCGACCCAUCAGUUAAUAAAAGGAAGAAGGAGGUGCUUCUGGAUGAUGUUGCAGGUGCUGCUUCUAGAGCCUCGUCAACUCCUACACACACUCUUCCAAGUAGUGCGAAAUGGAAAAAGACUGAAAGAGAUAGGGAUCAGAACAAAGAUACAUUAGGAAGAAGCUCUACUGCUAAAGCUGGCCGUCCAUCUUUAAGCAGCGGCAGGGGUGAACGGAAAACAAAGACGAAGCCCAAACAAAAGAUAGCUCAGUUGUCAACUUCCGGAAAUGGUCUUGGCAGAGUUACAGAGGCAGCUAAUUUUAUGUCACCAGCAUUGCACGAACCCUUUGACACAGUGAACAAUAUUAUCACCAAAAUUGAUCAAGAAAUUGAAUUGCAAAGUUCGAGUACGAUUGCCCAUGAUUCGUCUAAAGAGAUUGAUGAUGCUAUUUUCACAAACCUACCACUACAUGGGAUAGACUCUAUCGAUGAAUUAGAUGUCACCGAAGGGCUGGGUGGACAAGGUCAGGAUAUUGGUUCUUGGUUAAAUGUUGAUGAAGAUGCACUACAAGAUCAUGAUCUGGUGGGCCUAGAAAUUCCAAUGGAUGACCUUUCAGAUUUAAAAUUGAACUUUUAAAGAGAGCCCAUGUUCCCUGGAUAUUCAAAAUCUAGGUCAGAGAAAGAGUGCUCUUAUCCUCAUAACUGAGUCAAAUUGUCUACCUCAUGACAGUUGAAUCUGUAACUAGGCCAGUCUAUUCUUUUGUAUACUUGUUGAGUUUGUGGCAGAUCCCAAUUGUUUUCUGUCACCUGAGAACUGUUCAGAGUACCAAAUUAUAAAAUCAAUUGAGCAUUCACCUAGAUUAUAUUAUUUUAA